UUUGUUGUAGCUUCUCGCAUUGUUCGUGAGCGUUCUGGCCUUCUUCCAAAAGCGCUAAUCUGACAACCAGGUGAUGUGGCUUUAGGUGCUCUCCAGGAGUUUAUAGAUUAGCUCUUUAUUCAGGUCAUCAUCGUAGCACCCCGCUGACACUCGUCAACGAGCUUUGUUCCCAAUGUUUACUUCUCGCUCAUGUCUACUCCAGCCAGGGGAAAGUAAUGCUUUGCUUUAGUGGGAAUAAUUUAAUAGUGAGUAGAUCGAAAAGCCAUGAUGUUUGCACGACACAUAUUCAAACUGCUGUGCGGAUAAUGCACCAGCUACCAGCAGUUUGAACAGUUGGACAGCCUCCUCUCUCGGGCAACGAGCUGUUGUCGACAGUUGCAGAUCCUCUCCUGCUCCAUGAUGGCGAUGUUUCGGAGCUUUGUCUCGGCGAGCGCCCAGCUACGCCAGCAGCAACAGCCCAGCAGCGGCUCAGGCUCGCCGGCAGCCCCGGCUGAGGGCAUCGAGAGCCAGUUCUCUUGCCCCAUCUGCCUGGAGGUCUACCAUAAACCCGUCAGCAUCACCAGCUGUGCUCACACGUUCUGUGGGGAGUGUCUGCAGCCAUGUCUUCAGGUGACCUCACCCCUCUGCCCUCUCUGUCGUGUGCCCUUUGACCCAAAGAAGGUGGAGCGCUCCUCCUGUGUAGAGAAGCAGCUGGCCUCAUACAAAGCACCUUGCAGAGGCUGUAGCAAGAAGGUGGCUCUUGUAAAGAUGAGGUCCCACAUUGCUUCCUGUUCUAAAGUGCAGGAGCAGAUAGCCAACUGUCCCAAGUUUGUCCCUGUGGUACCCACUUCCCAGCCUAUACCAAGCAAUAUUCCAAACCGGUCAACAUUUGUGUGUCCGUUCUGUGGGGCCAGAAACCUGGACCAGCAGGAACUAGUGAAGCACUGUAUGGACAACCACCGUAAUGACCCUAAUAAAGUGGUGUGUCCGGUGUGUUCAGCCAUGCCAUGGGGAGACCCCACCUAUAAGAGCUCCAACUUCCUCCAGCAUCUCCUCCACAGACACAAGUUCUCUUAUGACACCUUUGUCGAUUACAGCAUUGAUGAAGAGGCAGCGCUGCAGGCAGCUCUGGCACUGUCACUGGCUGAAAACUGACAAGUCAUACCACCACCAUCAUCCUCUCACCUUUAGCACCAACCCCACCAUAACUGCUGUUCCCCUAGUCCCGCUCCACUGCUGCUGUUCCUCCCUGGCUCACAAAGUAUCAUCCAGCCAACAGACACAACUGACCCAGCCAGGUUCACACAGUGUAUGCAGGACCUAAACAAAACCUUUCACCACCCAUUGACUUUAAAAUUGACAACCUACAUUACAACUUGGAAACAGUCCAUCCACUCCCAGCUUCAGUUCACUUGACAGCUGCCAUGUGGAUCACUGCAGCAUGAACGGCUACCUCCAUGGAAAUAAGUUUGUAACAUCCCAAAGCCUGCUGACUCUAAAACCCUCACCAGUGGCUCAGGCCUUUGACCACUAGUCACUUGCUAGGAAGUCGUGACUACUGCUACUCACUGUGAGUAACUUGGUUGAUGCUCAGUCUGAAAAAUAGUGAGUGGGAGCACGGGCUCCAGUUUCUUCUACAGAGUGGUCUACAGUGAUCAAGUUUGAACAGGCCAAGAGCUAUUUAGGAAGCAUUUUUCAAACAAAUGUAAGUAUAAAACAUCAGUAGCUCCUCUAUUCAACUGCUCCAGAGCUGGUAUGUGGUAUUUGGCACUAUAACAGUAGUUAUAAAAACAGCACUGGCAAACUUGUUGAACAGAGCAGAAGAGUUUCUCCUGUUGCUUAGUUCUGUAGGAAAUCCGAAGCUUUCAGGUGACUUGUUGGCAGAGCUGUUUGUGGUGUGGCUGCAUGGUAACACCUGUCCAUGACAUCUUUUAAUUGUUAUGGUCAGUAGGUUAGAGGUAAGGACAUCCUCUUUUCCUCUUCUGCCCUCAGGCAGUCCAUGAGGGUCUGCCUUAACCAUCUGCGCCAACAAACAUGCGCUCAGUGGGCAGUUUAUUAGGAAUACCUAGCUAAAACUAAUACAGUGUAAUACCACAGUCCUGUAAUAAAUCCUCCCUUCAUGAAGCUAAGAAUGUUCAGUUUGGGUUGAAACUGUCUCAGAAAGGUGUUGGUUCAAAUGUAUCAUCAUUUUGGAGGAUGGAGUUUGUGCUCCUUUGCAAAACACCCCUCUGUGUAACACACCACAAUAUAGUUCAACAGCACCAAAAACAUCAUCCUCCAAAAUGAUGAUACAUUUUGGAGGAUUAGACUGUGUUAGUUUUUGCUAGGUGUUUCUAAUAAACUAUCACCUGGGCGUACAUCUGUGUAUGCAGACACCCAGUGUUGUAUAAACAGGAGCGCAUCCACUGUCCAUGUCUGUUUUGGACUAUAUUGGGCUUUUCAGCCUCUUACUAGUGCUGUCUAUAACCCUAACCCCUAUCCCUAACAUGUACACAGUUAAAUCCCUGGUUUACUUGGUUCAAUGCCAUCUCAGUGCUCUGCGAGAAGGCUCACUCAUAGAUGCAGACAAGAAAGGUUAAAAUCAGUGUAGAGAGUUGUGGAAACUUCUCUUGGCACAGUAAUGGUAUUGUGACUUGUCAUUAUUGAUGUCAAAUGCUAAUUGCAGGUUGUCUGACUUGGCAAUAUAAAAGCUACUCCAAAGGGAGCAGCAUUGUCAGAUAAAUCAGGUUUUCUAUACUAAUCAAGAUUCAAUUUAUCAUUCAACCCACUUCAGUUGCUUCGUAUUAGACUGUAGCAGUUGAGACCAGGAGCUGAAAAUAUGUAAGGGUCCUUUAACUGGAUCCCAGAACAGCUGGACUCAUUGGUAAAGUGACCCCAAGAGCCAAAUAUGGAAGUUAGCAAAGCUGUCAGAGACAGACAGCCAGCUGACAGCCGGACCUGUGGGACUGAUCAGCGCUCGGCCCUGUUUACUGUCAUGUUGGACUAGUUUGAAAUGAGUCCAUGUUAAAUUGGUAUUUUAGUCACAAUUCAGACACGGCAACAUCAAAAGAAAGCUUCACAGGCCAACAUCUGAAACAAAUCCUGGAAGCUGAGCCGUAGCUCAUCCAUUACUGUCCAUCCCAGCUUUACUGAAGACCAUAGGAGAGAUCUAAACCUAAGAGACGACAGACUUCAGAGCUUCAUGUGCAGCCUGAACACAUCACACUGCACCAGUGAAGGAAGGAUCAUUUUACAAUGUCCCUAACAACUCCGAAUGCCAAUAAUACCUUCAUGAACUCCACAGUAUGUUAAUGUUUACAAUAUCAGACAUUAGUAACCCAUUCACUGUCAAACCCCAAAUGCAACGUCAGACAGUUUCUAUUUUUUAUUCGUGUGAAUAUUUGCACUUGUUCUUGUUUUUACCAGAAUGAUCUGUAGAUAUUAGCUGGAAAAAAUCAAAAGGGAUGGAAGUCCUGGAUCGAGGUCUAACCUCCAUUUUACUGUAACCUGCUUCUUCAACUCUUGCUACAAGGAAUAUUUUUAUCUGCCAAGAUAGAUGAGUAUAAAAAGAUAUAUUUUUGGAAAAUGUUUCAGUUUCAAACCACUGGACCGAUAUCAGACAGGGGUCAGAUAUGUGUCUGGAACUUUUUGGGGACACUGAAUUUGAUUUACAAACUUGAAUUGCUGUUAUCACACACACACACACACACACACACACACACACACACACACACACACACACACACACACACACACACACACACACACACGAAACUUGUACAGGACUAGAAAGAAUGGGACUGGUUGAAAACAGAUGUUUUCUGUAGUUUAACCAAUAGAUGGCAGUCCUUCUCCAGACAUACAGAGCAUGCAGAGCCAUACUGAAGCCAACAUACUCAUGGAAAUCAUGUUUUCUGAGGAGGCAGGUUGUAUAGAAAACAGAAAAGCUAACUUUGGGUAAUGUUUCCACAGAAGGAUGCAUUUUUCAUUUGCACUUUAAAUCACUUAGUUUUUUAAUAAUCUGAAUUCUUUUUUUUAUAAUCUUAACUCUUGUUUAAUGUUUCUGAAAUUAAUUUCAGAGCACAAUUCCAGAAUUAGUGUUUAGUUUAAAAAAAUGGUGACAAAGAUUUUGUAAAUUGUAAAAGGCGUCAGGGGUUAGUUUGUCUGAUAGAAAAUGUACCAUUACUUUUAUUUGUAUGACAAAAAAUUCAAGUAUUUGUUGACUGAUUUCUUAAUUUAAAUGGGUAGCAUGUGCUAUUUUUUCUUCCAAUAAUGUUUUUGUGGUCAAAAUAACUACAAAUAACUGGGAAUGCUCUUUAUACAGCAGAGCUGACAUGCACCUGCAGUAAAAACAGGAGGAAUUCUGCAAUGGAGGCCAUGUGAGGAAAAAAACCCUGUUAUGCCGCGUUCAGAUCAUUGUGUGAUGGAGGUGGGAAAGAUUGCCAUUUUUAUGACUUGUGAGCAUUUAUGUCAGCUGAUGAUUCAAGAUAGCUGUAUGAUUGCAGACUUGGUUGUGUGAGGGUUAUAAAUGCUUUGCUUUGACAACAUAGAUUUCCAUUCUUAAAAAUUGGGUUUAAUUUGGCUGAUGACAGGGCUCUGUCGAUUUGGUUUACUGGUACAAACAUAUUUUAAGUGUCAUAGAUCAAAACCUUUAA